AUGGUUGACCCCCAUAACCCUCCGCCAUUGGGUCCGGGGCACGAUAUGAACAUGAAUGGGGCGUACUCGGCGGAGGGUAGUGUUUCCCUACAUCAUUCAGAGACAGACGACCAACAACAACCUGGGAACUCAGGAGAGAAGAAGAGAAACAAACUGGGUUACCACCGCACCUCAGUAGCUUGUGGACACUGCCGACGUCGAAAGAUAAGGUGUAUCACAUCACCCAAUGAUACGCAAGGACGCUGCAUCAACUGUAUCCGCUUGAAGAAGGACUGCAGUUUCUAUCCAGUGGACCAGGCGUCAAUCGAUGACCCACGAGGGAAGCAAGCAUCAAGGCCUCCUCCAGCGCCAAAAGGGAACUCAGCAACCUCAUCCCCAGCAACUCCGACCAGCAUCCUACCAGAGAAGCCAAAGAAAGUAAAGGCACCCUUCUUGCCUUCAUCGAAAAGACCAGUCCCGAUUGCAGUUCCGAGGACCACAGAAGCUGCCGGAGUUCAGGGGUUUCCACCUCAAGCAAGGGCAUCAAUGCCAUCCCCUGGAGAUAUGGCUCAUAUCGAACCUGGCCCCCAAAACUCGACUAAUUGGAUGGUUACAGCGCCCGACCAAAGCCCAACUUCAUCCUCGGACCUAAGUACGCCCUGGCAAGCGUACACUUCACGAUCUCCAAUGAGUGCACAGUUCUCGCCAUUCACGCCUGUAUCACAAUCCCCAUCUGCUUGGCCUCCUGGGACCUCAGAGUCAGUCCCUCAGGGUGAUGUAGAAAUGGCUUGGGGUCAGUUCUCAACACCAACACGGUCUAUGUCAUACGGAGGAGAAGCCUUUACCGGUAACAACCCUUCUCAAUAUUCCUUGAUGGCUCAGGGUCGACAAUUUGAACGGAGACCGUCUGCACUAUCAGAUGCGUACACUGCUUCCGCGGCUGGUAUGAUUCCGGGAUUCGAUGGCUCAAACGUAAACGCAACUGUCCCGUUUCCGCCCGGCGCUAUGCCCCAAGCAAAUUACACAACAUGGGAUCAGACACAGGCAUACCCCGGUUAUACGUAUGUGAAAAACGAAGAUGCCUACGGCGAUGGCUGGUCACAAAUAGAAAGAGGACAGACUCUGCGGUCGCAGGGCAGUUCUGGUCAGCAAGUCAUGAAUAAUGGACACAUGAAUGUUUACCAAACCCAAUGA